ACAAAUUUUAGCAAUAAAUAAAAACAUAACCUUAAUUUACUCUUAGAUUCUAGAAACAACAUAAAACGCCAACCGGUACUAAGUUUUUCAAUAUGUCAGAGUCAGAUGAUAAACUUAAAAUUUUAGCUCUCCAUGGUUACCGACAAAAUGCUGAGAAAUUCAAAAAAAUUACCCAACCAUUGGUGGACGCAUUAUCUCCAUGGGUAAAUUUUGUGUACGUGACUGCUCCUCAUGAAGUACUUCUGGUGGACGAUCCAGAUGAUUUGAAGGUGGGUGACAAAUUGAAUAAAAAUCAGUUUGGUUGGUUCUUCAAUAGGGAUAAUUUGACAAAUCGAGGCAUAAGGAAUGGAGGGCCAGCAACAGGGUUUGAAGAGACAAUAACACUGAUUGAAUCCAUAGUUGAAACAUAUGGUCCAUUUGAUGGUAUUUUGGGGUUCUCCCAGGGUGCAUGUCUGGUGGCUUUACUAUGUGAUCUUCAACAUCGUCGACUAAUAAAAACAAAAUUCAAUUUUGCUAUUAUCAUAUCAGGUUUCAAAUCGAAAUGUUUACCCCAUUUGAAAUAUUUUAGCGAUAUUAUCCCAAUACCAACCUUACAUGUAAUUGGAGAUGACGAUAGAAUAAUUCCUACAAAUAUGAGUGAAUUAUUAGCAGAGGCAUUUGAAGAAUCUAUUAUAGUAAGGCAUCCAGGAGGUCAUAUUAUUCCAACAACUCCUGAACAAAUGGAAGAUUAUCAUAACUUCAUAUACAAUCAAUAUUUAUCUAAAAAUUUGUCAUAAUUCAGUAAACUGUAGAAUUUAAUCUUCAGAGCUUUGUAUUUUGAUACCUAUAAAUUAAUCCAUGUGAUAACUACUUAUGUUUUAAUUUAUUUUAUUCACACAGAUUGGAAAUUUACUUACUACAAAUGAUGCUUAUUGUAUAUUAUAUAUACAGGAAUUAUUGAAAUAUUUGUAUUGACGUUGAAUAUAGUCUGCAUUUUCAGCAAAAUGUCUAAUGAUUAAUCGUAAAUCCAUCAGUGUUUUUAUUUUCAUCAAAUAAAUUAAAUUUAUAACCUAAUUCUAUUAA